ACUACCAGGAGGGAAAAGAAACAGCCUCACUGCACUCUCUGCUCCACCGCAGCCAGUUAGUCUGUCAGCUCUAGUGCACCGGAAAAACAAACUUGUGGAAAAUAUCUCGCACAGCCACGUAAACGCCUAUUUGUUUCCUUUUAACGCCGAGACGCAAACUGCUGCAAAGUUGAGCUGACCAAGAAAUGUCCUGCGCUGCAAUAUGAGCGUCCCAUCUCCCUGCAGAGUGCUAUAACCAAUGGCAGCGUCUGUUCAGACUCUUCCUCUGUCCCGUGGGCCCAAAAAAACCUUCCGUAACCCCUUCUCAACCCAGCCCCUCUCAUCCCGCUGUGGGAUGGGGAGUGUGGGCAGUUUGGUGGAGAGGCCGGAUAUGUCUCCAGCUAAAUCCAGUCGAGCAGUGCCUCAGGUGAGACCCAAACCUUCCAAUGGGCUGCUGAAGAAGGGCAUGGGGCAAAGGGAACUCCUCAACUACCUCAAUAUCACUAGAAAAGACCCCAAAGCAACUCAGAGCGGUGACAACAAAAGGGGUCUCAUCUCCAGCCUCACGUCUCUCAAUGGCUGUGAUGAGGAUUCAUAUAGCAAAGUCUAUAACAAAGAUGGGACUGAAGUGGACCUGACAAAGAACUCAUUACCAAGUGCAGGCAAGCAUGAAAAGUCAUGUUUUAGGACUUCAGCCUUCAAGCCUGUUACGCCGAAAAACUUCAGCUCAAUGCAAAAUCUGUAUCCAUCGUCUAAAUUGGAGGAAGAGGAUCAUGGCAUUUCAAAUGGUCUUCACCGAGCCUUUGCACACAUCCCAAAAGCGGUGUCUACAUCCUCCUCCUCUUCAUCGCCAUCUCGAUAUGGAUGUCCCACAACAAAUGCUAAUAGGGCUCUCUCCUCUGUACGUGGGACCAGUCAUGAGGAAGAUAACUUGUCUGACUCGGGCCAUAACUCCAUGAACAGUUUGCCCCCUUACCGACCUCCUUUCAGACCACAUCUGUCUAACAUCAGUGCAUCUAUGGGUCACAUCAACACCAUUGGGUCUUUGGAUCAGGCCAGUCAGGUGCCAAAGACCAUAGGGGCUGGUGGCGUGCCCAUAGGGGAGGUGGCCUGUCGAAGUAUGGCCACGCUCAGCCGCUUGACCCCCCAUGGAGAGGCCCCACCACCAUAUGAGUGGAGCCUGUCUAUGUCUAUGGAGGAUGUAGUGCGAGAUUUGGAAGAGCGCCUAGUGGAGAAGGAACAGGAAAUAAAACAAAUGAAAAGAAAUCUAGAUGAGAGUGAGGGUGCCAUAGCCCAGGUAUUUGAGGGGAAACAACGUUUGUGGGAGAAAGAGGUCGGGGAGCUGAAGCGUCUCUAUGCAACAAAGUUACGGCAAGUUUCUCAUCAAGCUCAGCGGUCCCAGCGCAGUCUGCAGUUACAGCUGUACAAAACUCAACAGGAAAAGACCAAGCUACAAGAGGAACUGGACAGCCUGAGAAAAGAUAGGAGCCAAGACUCAGGGGUCAGAGCCAAAACAACCAGUCCUACUUUGGAAGAGACACAGUGGGAGGUCUGCCAGAAGUCAGGAGAAAUUUCUUUGUUGAAGCAGCAGCUGAGGGACUCCCAGGCUGAGGUCACCCAAAAGCUCAGUGAAAUUUUCCACCUGAAGACUGAACUGAGAGAGGCCCGUACUGUGCUGAGUACCCGGGAGAGCCAGAUUCAAACUCUGAAAAUGGUGGCAGAUGGUACACCCAGAAGAAGAUGCUUUUCUCAAACUGGAAGACAGGAAAACAAUGCUCUUGACUGUUCAGGAGGGUCUGGGGGGCCCACAGAGGAGCGUCUGCGUGCAGAGCUGCUCCUGGAGAGACGCCAAAGCGAAGCCCAGGCCUUGGCUUUUGAAGAGGAGAGACAGACGUGGCAGGCAGAAAAGGACAAGGUCAUCCGCUAUCAAAAAGAGCUGCAAACCAGCUACUUAGACAUGUAUCACAGGAAUGAGGACCUGGAGAGGCAGUUGCAGCAGAUGAGGGCUGGUGGUGUCCAGGUCAGAACCAGCAGUGAAGGGGCGGGGCAAAGUCGGACAUUAGAUGUACCCCAGCAGAGGAGUGAGACGGCAACAACCAAUCAGACUGACAGAACCAGCUCUGGGUUACCAUGGAUAGACCGAAUUGAGUCAUCUGAAAUUUGAAUGUGAUUUACAUAUUUGCAAUGUAAAUACCCUCUGGUAGGGUUCUCAUGUGAGGUACAAGCUGCUAGCAAUGUUGUUUAUUUAGUGUAAAUACAACAAAUCAUAUGACCAUAUCAAGACAACAAUCUGAAACAGGACACUUCAUUUUUACAGAGAUUAAUAGAAAUCUUUUAAAUUAAAUUUGACUGACCUGAUUAAACUAUGAAGUUAUUUACAGAUGCAUAUAUGAACAGAACCAUGAACAAAAAUGUGUUUAAACCACAGCCCGAGAAAAUGUAAUCGACAACUCAUCACUAGAGGUCACUAAAACUGACUUUUUCAUCACUGAAAUGUUAAGCAGUACUUCAGGUUUAUCCAUUUUAUUUGUUUUUUUGUAACCAUCCUUCCCCUGCUCCACCCCAUCAGAAAGUACACCACAACAACUCCCAAAAGAACUGCUGUAGACUAAAAUGCUUAAGCCAAAGGAAUCAACAUACUUAUUCUGAUAUACUUAAUAGACUUUGAAGUGAAACCAAUCUCAGGUUUAUUUUGUGCCAAUGUACUAAUGCUACUCCAUAAAGACUACUGUAACUGACUGAAACUAAUGUUGUAAAUGGAAGCCUUUUUUGCUGUGACAUUUGACCUUUGAAAACACAUGUUGUAAAUAUAAUGCAUUUGUUACCUAAGCACACUGUUGACCAACUGCAGAAUAUGCUAAAUGGUUGCCAUGACAUGCCUCUAUCCU